AUGGACAAAUUACCUAUUGGAUAUAUAAAAGGAAAGGGAAAUGUAAUCAAUUCAUUUUACAUCAUCAGCCGUUAGAUAAAAAGGUUCCAAAAAAUAAAAAAUAUGACUAUGUCAAAUAAACUCUAAAUACAGGACCAACAGUUCGGGAUAUUGAGGUUAUUAGCAAUUAGACAAUAGCAAAAAAGAGAUCUGAGAUUUUCAAACGAAUAAAAUGUUCCACAGUAUUGAAACUUAUUAGUGUACUUAAUAUUUAAUUUUUAGGAAGAACCUGUAUAAGAAUCAAUACAUAAUAUAAUUGAUUAAUAAGAAUAAGAUCAAUUGAAAUAAUUUGANAAUAUUAUUACAUAAGUUUUAUAUGCUGCUGGUAAAGAUUUACUUCAAAAUAUUAUCCUAGAAAGUAAUAUAAUAUCAUUUAUCAUACAAUGA